AUCUUCCUUUCUACGUGUGACUUUCAGGGAGGCAGGUUGCCCUCUUCCACAUUUAGCAAUCCCAUUGGAUUGGACAAGGGAAUUUGGCCGGCCAGUAACCACAGACCAAAUUCCACACUCAACCGGACAGCCGGAGGAACAUGAACAUCCCCAUCUAUCAGCUUCCAGCGGUGACCACGCAGUCGGCACGCAUGUACCAGCAGACCUAUUUGGACAGAAAUCGCAUGGUCACGGACGUAUUUGUGCAGGAGCACGUCUCUCAGAGUUCCUGGUCGAUGGCUGCCCCAACACCGGCUGUAUUCAUUCCGAGCAGUGGAACCUGUCCGAUUCUGACCACCCCUGCUCACGCGCCGUGUCAGCCAACGCCUUCGGCACAACCGCCAUCUACUCAGGGUUCUAAUCCAGCCCAGCAGCACCAGCUGCAAGGUAACUACAUGGGUCACAUGGCAUAUGUGGCCAUGCCGGGAGUCCAGUACUAUGCAGCCAGUUCAGCUUCAAUGAACGCCUACGGUCAGGGACAAGUAUACUCCGCUAGAGCUUCGGCUACCACUAGUUGCAACAUGGGAGGCUUUUAUGUGCCGCAAUAUUAUCCCGGAUCAUGUGGUCCCAAUCCACAACCGAAGCAGUUCUGCGCCACCCACACCCAGACUCCGGCGCCUCUAAAACAAGGCUGCGAUGUUGGAACCCAAGCGGAUUUGGUGAUGGAGGAAUUGUGCGCCAAGGUCUCAGAUCCAGGAUCACUGGAUAAUAGUGAAAAAUCCGAUGAGUCCAAUAGCAGCUCCUUGGACAGUGGUGCUGGGGAUGGCUUGCGUCUGGAUAACGUGCGACGCAACUCGGAGGUGAUGCUGCUCCAGCAGCGCCUCCAUGACAUCACCAGAAUCUCGCUAUAUGGCAGCGAGAUAGCUGAGCGCCUGGCCAAUGCCCAUCGCAACCGUCCGUGUUUCAAGAAGAUCGAUACACUCUGCGCCCGCUUGAAGCAGGACCUCCUCCGUCCGGACGGAGUGCUACCCAACAUUAAUUCUCAGGGAAUCGCCUGGGCUGUCAAGGACUUUAUAUUCGUUUUCACUCGUAUUGUGAACGCUUGGGUUAUCCUAAAAGGAUACGUGUACAAUACCCCAGAGGGGUUAAAUAAGAUAAAAGAUGAGUUGCCCAGAGGCUUCAUGGCCACCUUCGAUUCGUGGCAAUGCGGCACUUUGUCGCUGGUGGAGAUGAUUAUCAAGUCGUUUGUGAGCUUGGACGAGCUGCUGCAGAAGCAGAAGAAUUGCUUUGCGGGAAAGGAUGCUAGUGCCAUCAGUCUAAAUAGCAGCAACAACUCACUCCGCUGCAUCAACGAAUGCAACGAAAGUGGCAACUUGUGCCACAAAGCCUUGGGACCGGCUCCCAACGGUCUUUCAGUUUCCCAUACCCCAAGCCUGGGUCAGGGAUCAACCAAUGGCUAUAAUAAUGGAUCUCAGAGCAGCAAUCAGAGCGGCAAUGGCAACGGAAAGUCAUUUAGUGAAGUGCAGGAGAAUCAGCACCGCAGCGUGUCUUCCACAUCGACGGCUCUGUACAAGCCGAAGUGUGGCAUUAAUCUCAACUAUCUUUAUACUAUGAUCGAGGACUCUGAGGAGACCCAGCGCCAUGUGGAUGCCAAUGGCACGUAUUUGAAAACUGGAACCUAUCAGCCUCUACAAAAGGAUGCCAAGCAGCUUGAGAUGACACCAUCCAAGAACCGGGAGCGUUUCGUGGAGACCCAAACCCAGGGCCAGUGGCAGUGGAACGGUCUGGGAAAGUCCUUGCCAGGCCUGGAAGCCCGUUCAUCACCGGCUCGUGGGGAAACCGAGUGCCAGUUCGAUGUUCGUUCGUUCAUAAACCCAUUCAGCAUGAUAGGCAGGGAGGUCACUCGUCAGUUGUACGAGUUCAGUGAUCGGGUCAUGGAGCUCCAGCAUGUGGAGCGCUUCUUCCAGAAGCAGUUUACUCGCAAUUACUACCCGGACUUUUAUCAUCGCUGCCAGGAUGAGUUCAUAGACGUUCGUGCCAUCAUCUUGCAGUGCGAGAGCGCCUCGUACCAUCACUUGCACCAGGCCAUCCACGAUCUGCGCCGCAUCAUCUUUGUGGGUCGCUGCUACUUGCAGAUAUACACAAAUGAAAACCUGCAGCACUACAUCGAUCUGUACGAGCACUCGGUGAACGAAAUGCUAUCGAAGCCGCCGCACAUGCCCAACCAGUACGACCACAUCCUGGGCAAGCCCGGCGAAAAGCUAUUCAUCUAUGAAAUCUAGUCGAAGAGGAUCGAUCGAUCUACAGAUAGGAUAUGUAAUUAAUUACGUUACAUUUGUUUCGUGUGUAGUCCUUGGAGUUUUCAUCAAUAGUUCCCGUUGUCAUUGUUGCUACUAUCCAAGCGGCUAAGAGUUAGCUUUGCACGUCAAGGCAGUUAGUUAAGUAUAAACAAAUCCAAAGAAUUCUUUUGAAGAAAAUUCAACCGGAAUCAGGCGAUCAACAGUGGCCCCCCAAUAGAGAUUCUAUGUCGUUUAAUGUGCGACUCAUAAAUUGAAAAAGUUAUAACUCGAAAAAAGUCGAAAAAGCAAUUGAAACAACGGAUUAUCGUUUUUCAAACAAUUCGUCGAUCAUGUGACUUAUAAACAAUUCAUCUAUUUUGUAGUUUAUAUACCUUAAUUUUAUAAUGUAUUGUUACUCUCUAAUUACGAGCUCUGACAUAAACUAGAAUUCCGAUUUCAAAUCUGUUCAAUUAACUGAAAAAAAAUUGAAAUUUGUCAAUCAAAUUGUUAUUUGUACAACCAAAUAAAACCAGAACGAUAUUGAUGAUUAA